AUGAAGAAUCAAGUGUCACAGCUGAAACAUCAACUCAGAAAUCUGGAGGACAGUUUGAGGGAGAAAUCUCAGAGGAAUGACAGGGUACAGAGGGUCCACAAGCGCCACGCUCAUGACUCACCAAAGGACAGAAGGGAGCAUGGAAGGAACAAGGACGAUAAGCGGGCCAGAACGUCGAAGGUCCCCACUACUGUCAGCCGGAGCCCCUUUUCCGCGGACAUUUUAGCGGAUACUCUGUCAAGGAGUUACAAACCUAUCUCUUUGGAUUACGAUGGUACCACCGACGCAGAGGUACACCUCAACCGGUUUGAGGGAUUGGUUACUCUCCACAUGUACUCGGAGGGCAUCAAAUGCCGAAUAUUUUCCACCACAUUAACUGGACCUGCCCAGCUGUGGUUUGGGACACUCGCCCCAAAUACUAUUCACUCUUUUGAGGAUUUACAGACGCGUUUCUUAAGGCAGUUCGCGAGCUCGCGGAGGGUUGGGAAGUCAGCUCUUUCUUUGAUGGACAUAAAGCAAGAUCAAAAUGAAACAUUACGGGAGUAUACUGCCAGGUUCAACCUCGCUGCUCUGGAAGUGUCAGAGGCGGAGUCACAGAUUAAAAAUUGUGCUUAUGUUAGAGGGUUAAAACCGGGACUCUUCUUUGAUGAGUUACAAAUCAGACCGGCAAGGGAUUUUGACGAUAUCAUGGCUAGACUGCCGGGAUAUUUGCAGUUGGAGGAUGCCAGGAUGGACACGAAAAGCUGA